CUUGUAUAAAAUUGAAUAAAUAGACACACAUGUCUUACGUGACAUCAUACAUAGCUAUUUAUGUCCUACGUGGUAUAUUACCACGUAGGAUUCAUGUCAACUUUAUAUAAGUUUAAAUGUCUACUUUUAUACACCCAAAAUUAGAGUGCAUAAAUAUGAAAUGAGGCUAAGUUAAAGUACGCCAUUUAUGUAUUGAUUGAUUGGCUCACCUAUCCAUAUAUAUGUAAUGAAACUCCAUCCGAAGUUUAUAAGAAGAAAAAGAUAUCAGUGAAAUUCUGCAACUGUUGUUCCAAUGGCUAGUGAAAUGUUUCAAGGUCAGGCUCAUAUCUACAAGCAUGCCUUGAGUUAUGCAAAUUGCAUGGUUCUUAGUUGUGCAAUUCAGUUAGGCAUACCAGAUGUAAUUCAUAGUCAUAAGCAGCCAAUGACUCUGUCUCAACUUGUUUCACAGCUCAAACUUCCUCCUCAAAAAUCAGAUGCAGUUUAUCGAGUGAUGCGCCUAUUGGUAUACUCUGGCUUCUUUGCUACUAGAGAUUUUCUUGAUGAAAACUCAGAAAACCAACAAGGGUAUAUUCUUACACCUUCUUCUAAGCUGCUUUUGAAGAGUGAGAUACCAAACUUGUCAACUUUUGUUAGAGCAAUGGUUGAACCUGCUAUGGUGAAUCCAUGGCAAUCUUUGGGGGAUUGGUUUCUAGGAGAUAAAACCACUCCAUUUGAGACAGCAAAUGGUGCACCCAUAUGGGAAUUCGGUGACCAAAAUCCAAGAUUCAACAAUGUUUUCAAUGAAGCAAUGGCUAGUGAUUCCCAAAUGAUGUGUUUGGUUGCAAAGGACUGCAAACAAGUAUUUCAAGACAUGAAUUCCUUGGUUGAUGUUGGAGGUGGCACUGGAGUUAUAGCUAAGGCAAUUUUGGCUGCAUUUCCUCAUCUAAAAUGUACUGUGUUGGACCUCCCUCAGGUUGUUGCUAACAUGCCAGACACAAAUAAUUUGAAAUAUGUAGGAGGUGACAUGUUUCACUCAAUUCCCUCUGCUGAUGCCAUUUUGUUUAAGCAUGUUAUGCAUAACUGGAGUGAUGAGGAUUGUGUGAAGAUACUAAAGAAAUGUAGAGAAGCUAUCAAGGAUAAUAAAAAAAAUGAAGGGAAGGUUAUUAUAAUUGACAUGGUAUUGGAUAGAGAUGAAGAUGAAGAUAAAGCAAACAUGACUGAAGUGAAGCUCAUUUAUGAUGUAGCAAUGAUUGUGCUUCUUACUGGGAGGGAGAGAACUGAGAAAGAAUGGGAAAAGCUAUUCCUUGAGGCUGGCUUUAUGACCUAUAAGAUUACACCUCUCUUUGGACUAAGGUCCCUCAUUGAAAUUUUCCCUUAAGGAAAUUGAUGAACUAGUUUAAUUUCCCUUCCUUUUAUUCUCUUGUACUUUUGAAUUAAUCAUUUUCAUCUACUUCUUGUCAGUCUUUGGUCUUGGUUGCCCUGCAACAUUGGGUCAAAUCUCAUUUUCUUUGGAGGAAUGUUCCUUCUUCAGGCAUAUGUUGAGAUUUGC